ACAGGGAAGAAACCUCAUGUGUGUGAAGAAUGUAAUAAGUCAUUUAGGCAAAAGAUUAAUUUAAAAAUGCAUAUGCUUGUUCACACUGGGGAGAAACCUCAUGUGUGUGAAGUAUGUAAUCAAUCAUUUAAUGUAAGAAGUAAUUUAAACAAUCAUGUGCUUAUUCACACUGGAGAAAAACCACAUGUGUGCAAGAUAUGUACAAAGUCAUUUAGACAAAAAGUUUCUUUAAUUUUUCAUAUGCUUAUCCAUAAAUGUGAGAAACCUCAUAUGUGUGAAAUAUGUAAUAAAUCGUUUCGACAAAAGAGUGAUUUAAACAGACAUAUGCUUGUUCACACAGGAGAGAAACCUCAUGUAUGUGAUGUGUGCAAUAAAUCGUUUAGGCUAAAGACUGUUUUAAACAAGCAUAUGCUUAUCCACACUGGGGAGAAGCUUCAUGUGUGUGAAGUAUGUAAUCGAUCAUUUAAACAAAAAGACUACAUUAUCCAUACCCUUCAAAGGAAAAGACAUUGUUGCAAAAGUUGACUGCUUGUCUAAAGAAAAGAGUAACCUACAAAACAAAGUGUGGGUUGUUUUAACACAUGGUGCUGGUGGAGAUAUGAAUACAUCACAAUUAGCUGCAUUAGCAUCAUUUUUAUCAACUUCAGAUUUUGUAGUUUUACGUUUUACAUGUAAAUCUCUUAACAUUAAAUAUCGAAUUAAAGUCUUCCUCGAAGUUCUUAAUUAUAUGCAAAAGAAUUAUAAGCUAAAGGGGAUCUUCAUUGGUGGUCGAUCUAUGGGUGCUCGAGCUGCUGUUAUGCUGUGUUCUCACAUCAAAACUGAGAACCAGGAACUAUUAGAAAAUAUUUUGGGAAUUAUUUGUCUGUCUUAUCCAUUACAUAAAGUAAAUAAAACAGAUGAAUUAAGAGAUGAACCUUUAAAAUCUUUAAAAUUACCAGUCUUCUUUCUCAGCGGAACCAAGGAUGAAAUGUGCAAGAGAAACAUUUUAGAAAAUGUUUUACGAAAAUUGAAAUGCCACUAUAAAAUUCACUGGUUAGAAGGCUGUAACCACAGUGCAAAGCCACAUGAAAAUUAUCAGGAGGAUAUGUAUUGCAGUGCCUUUGAUGACAUUAAAAACUGGUGUUUAUAUCUUUUGAAAUAAAUUAAAAUUUCUACACAUUUGAAUAUGAUACUGGUAUUUCAUCUGUAAUAUAUGCAUAUAUUAAAAAAAUAUAUGUCACAAUAUACACACUCUUUUUUGCUGCUUGCUUAUGCACAAGCCAUGCCUCUCGCUUGGCUGUAUUUCUCCAUACUUUAAAAUUGUAAGGUGCAGAUUGCCUCUGAUGUGCUGUGCCUUGCCAUAAGAUGUGUUUGAAUACUGUUACAACAAAGUCUGAAUAAUAAAGAUAUUUUCAAAUUA